CGUUCCUGUGGUGUAGUGCAAGUUGGUUUAGUUAGCUCGCGUUGCUCGUCGAAGCCAGUAGCAAGCAAAGCAAGAGAGCGGGUACGCAUGGGAGAGUGAGUGAUAAAAUAUCGUAAUGACGACCGUCCUCUGGUUGCGGUCUAAAUGCCGGGAUCGGCCCGGCAUAGCCUGUGGCAGUCAGUGACAGUGUGCGACACAUCAUGUCCCAGUCAUGGUGAAGGCGCUUUUUGUGGGGCUCUUAGCUGCAACGAUUUGUGGUAUCGUGUUCUCUGCACCCGCUAUCGUUUCCGAGCAACAUCAGGAAGAUACGGUCAUUUCCAACACCACCGACCAGGAACCGCCGCCACUGCAAGAAGAAGAUUCAGCAGCCCGAAGCGAACGCAGCACGAAUUUGUCUCUCGUCGGCGGCACCGCCAGAAAAGUUAGAAUGUUCAUCAAAAACCGACACCUUCAAAUACUUCCAGACGGCACCGUCAACGGAACCACCGAUGACACCAGCAAUUACACUAUUUUACAGCGCAUUGCUGUCGGAAAAGGACAAAUGAGGAUACAAGGAGUAGCUACAUGUCAGUAUUUGUGUAUGGAUAGUUGUGGAUUCCUAUACGGCUCGUUGGAGUUUGGAUACGAAUGCGUGUUCAACGAGACAAUGGAGCUGAACAAUUACAACACAUAUGCUUCGACGAAAUAUUCGAAUAAAAACCGAACGCUGUAUCUGGCGUUAAACAGACAUGGGCAGCCGAGGAAAGCCCAGAGAGCGCGUCAUCAAGCGGGCUUGGGUAAGCUUUCCUCUUACACGAGGGUUUUAUUAAGGACCGUCGAUACGGAUCGAGUCAGAGAGAUUCACCCGAAGAGGCACCACGGCUGCUCGACGACCUUGACGCAUCAAAACCACCACCGAUCGGCGAUGUUUAGCAACGACCAGCAAACGCCACGAUGUCGAAAACGAAAAAAGAAGAAAAAGAAAAAAAGAAAAUGCCAAGAGGACGAAUUCGAUGCGGAGUUGUGCCAAAAAAGACAUAGUGCAGUUAAGUGCGAAGACAAUGACAAUGAGUGCCAAAGAGACAAGGAACAUAAGAGUAAUAGUGAUAAACCAUUAGUGAGUGUUUCGAAUGCCAAGAAGAAGAAGAAAAAGAACAGGAAGGGUGUGAGAAAAAGACUGGAGAACGAGAACGUAAGCACUGAAAUGACCGUCACAUCGACUGUGACGGUGACACCCGAUCCUGCUGAUGAGGACUACAACAACGAAUCAUCGACACACAUCGAUUGGGAAGAUUCCACAUCUCUUCCCGAAAUCUCUAUGGCAGUGUCAGACGCCACCAGACUCACAGCUGAACCUCACUUAGAUUCUGACUGACUCCCACUUCCCCUUUCUUCCUCCUUUUAUUUAUUACUUCUAUUUAUUGUAUGUAAUUGUAAAUAAUUAACUAUAUAAGUCAAUAUACCUCACCAUUGAUUAAGACUUUUCUUUGCAUCAUUCACUUUAACUCAAACGUCAACUUAAAAUCAAAGCCCGCAAGGGAUUUUCUUCGCGAGUUUGAUGCCAAAUUUUUUUAGCCUCACCAGCACCACUUUUGACAAG